AUGAAAGCAACACCCUCUAAAUUCAAGGAAACUAAUACUCAGAGAUACAACAAAUAUUCCAAUGCCCUUGUCGAGGACUGCGAUGCCCAAACACCAGUGAUCUUCAAGUUAUACACAAACCGUGCCGCCUGUUCUUCCAAGCUUUCCAGGCAUUUUGACGCGUUAAUGGAUGCGCAAGAGAGCGUCAAACUUGACUCGACAUGCAGCAAAGGAUACCUUAAAGCAGCUCUAGCGGCCGAGGACCUCAGAUAUUGGGCAACGGCAGAAGAAGUCUGCAACACGGGCCUUUCCACACUCGAUGACCCAACUCCAAGCAAGCCUGUCGCGUGGAAGAAAAAGGACCUUCCGUGGCUUACUGCUGCCGCACUCGCCCACCAAGACAGGCUGCGGAAAACGGCGGCGUCUAGUAGUAGGUGGACAAUCGCAUAG